CGUCAAAGCCAAACGUCAAUUUUUGUCUGCUAUUCGUCUUUCGUUACUUUAUUACAAUUUAUAUUAAAUAUUAGCAAAAUUUCUUUUCAUAUAUUUUUUCUGAAAGUGUAAACCACUUUUAAUGAAAACGUCACACCUAAAAAAAUAAUGACGUCUACGCCAUAACAUAACUACCACUACCAGCCGAUGUGUAUCCAUAAUAUUUACCUGAUAUAUUUAGACAAAUAUUUAGUGCUUCAGAGACCACAUUAUAAAAAUAAUAACGAAAAUAUAAAUCCUAAAAUAUAAUAUAAUUGUAAUUAAAAAUCACGAAAACAAAAAUAUCAUACAAAGUUAUAAAAAAUGUCUUAGAGUCGGUUACUAAAAAUAUUCUUUUAAGUACCUUGUAAACAUGAUAAUUAAUCUGUGGUCAGUCUUACAGUGGUAUUUGAGGCCUAUUAUUAAAUGGUUCCUUAGGAAAACAACUCGGUUAUGUGAGUUACAAAGAAUAUGUUAUGGUGAUAAAGCUGGUGCCCCAAGAACAUGCAAUGUUGAAAGGUCAUUAAUGUUGUCUCGUACAAAAGAUAUUAAAGAGGUUAUUUCACAUCUGGAUGCUACAGUUGCUGAAAAAAGAUUUACUGUGGACAAUUUCCGCAACAUUUUUGACCCUUCAGUUGCAAUUAUAAUUCGGGCGAAACAAAUUAAUUGUAAACUACAUGGAUCAUUUGUUGUAUCAAUACGAAGGUGCUUAGAACAAAUCUGGAGUUAUAGAAAUUUAGUCAAUGAAGUAGAAGAAUUGCGCCGAAUACAGUUUGACAGUAAUGAUCCUAGUCAUGAAGAAAAACUUUUAAAACUAUGGUCUUUGUUAGUACCAAAUGAACUUCUAGAAAGCAGAGUUUCUAAACAAUGGCAGGCUAUUGGUUUUCAGGGUGAUGAUCCAAAGACUGACUUCCGUGGUAUGGGAUUACUUGGAUUAGAAAAUCUAUUAUUCUUUGCUAGUGAAUACCCACAGGCUUCUAGUCAUGUACUAAGUCAUUCCCAUCACCCUAAAUAUGGCUAUACAUUUGCUAUAGUUGGCAUCAAUCUCACAUCAAUGGCAUAUUACCUGCUCAAAGAUGGGUCUGCUAAGACUUACAUGUUCAACACCAAGAGAUAUCUACCAGAUAUUAAUUUAUUUCAUCGUUUUUACUGUUACCUCUUCUAUGAAUUUGAUAAAAUGUGGAUAGAAUCUAAACCUCAAAAUAUAAUGGAAUUUUCUGUUAUAUUCAAAAAGUUUGAAAAUGCAGUGCGAACAGAACUUGCUGAUCCUGCAUCUGUUUUCAGAAUAAAUAUUGAAGUUGAUACAAUAUAAUGCUUAAAUUGGUUAUACAAUUUCAUAUAGAUUGUAUGUUUGUAGUUCAUCACAAUACCACACUGUUAGCUUUGUUUAGUCUGUAUUUCAACACAUAUUGGGCAUUAUAAAGCCUAAUCAAAACACUAGUACACUAGCUAACACAGCUGUCGUGUUUAUAAUUAUAAUAAUGAAGUAAAAACCACAAGUUUUUAGUAUAUUCAAGUGGGUGUUUAUUGUCUACACAAGACAAAUUUGAGCACUAAGUUAUAUAGCCUCAUUAAACUAAAAGUAAAAAUUAAUUUAUUGUUCAAGUGCAAAAGUGUAGCCGAAAACAAAUGGAUGUGUGUGCUGUAGAAAUGUUCCUGAAUUAAAGAGAAAAUUAUUCAAAAAUUAUAAUUAUAUUGGUGUUCUAUCUUGCUAUUUUUUCCAUUAAAUGUUUUUUCAGUAGGCAUUUUAAGUGCCAGAUUUAACAGGCCACCAGGGCCCUUGUUUAGUUUGUGCAAUAAUUUUUAAUUAUAUAUACCCAGAAUUCACACAGAUAACUUUAUUAUUAUUAAAAUGAUAGCGUUCGAAAGCUUAAGAUGUCAGCUUUAAUUUGAUAUCAUUAUCAUUGAAAUCCAUCAAUUAUUUAUUAAGUAAAUGAUGUCUGAACGUAAGAGUAGGAAAAAUAGGAAUUUAUGAAAAGGGCUUAGGUCCCGUAUUUUGGGAAUUUAACAAAAAAUGGUAAAUAAUUUAUUAAAUCAAUACUUCUUAUUGCCCCCUCUAGCCCUUAUUACAGCCUGCAGUCUGUUUUUUAUUGAUCUUAUCAAUUCUUGAGGAAUGCUGUCCCAAUCCUCUAACAAUGCUGCCUUUAGCUCGUCUACGCUUGAAGGGACUGGAUUACUGGCCCGAACUCUUCUUUUAAACUCGUCCCAUAAGUGCUCGAUGGGAUUAAUAUCCGGGCUCAGCACAGGCCAGCCCAUCGUACGCAAUUCGACCAUUUAACACGAAGUCUUCGCCGAGAAACCCUACGUAGGGCACAACAUAAUCGAGUAGGAUGUCGGUGAUGUAUCGAUCAGCUGUUAGUCCGCCUCCUCAGUCGCCCCCAGGCCCCAGGUACAAAAAUAAGCUCAGUUUUUCCUUCUAAGGAAAUACCAGCCCACAUGCAGGAACCGCCGCCAUAUAUCACUGUUUCAGCAAAACAGCAUUGGGAAAAUCGUUCUCCCGGACGCCUGUAAACUCGACCUCUCCUGUCACUGCCAUGCAGACACAUUCUGCACUCAUCAGUAAAUAGUACCGACCGCCAAUGCGCAACGCUCCAAUUGAAAUGCUCUCAAGCAAAUUGAAGGCGCGCUUGUCGGUGGCCUGCAGUCAAUUUGGGGCCCGUCGCAGGCCUUUUUGGCGUUAAGUUGGCUUCCUUCAAGCGUCUUCUCACCGUCCAUUCGCUUACAGCCACCCCUCGUACACGUCUCAGUUCCUGCUGCACAUCAACACUCGUAAGGUGUCGAUUGCGCAGCGAGGUUGAGACAAUGAAGCGGACGUCUCUCUCUGAAGUGCACCGGUGGCGGCUCGUUCUUUGUCUCCGAUUGAAGGCACCAGUCUCUUAGAACCGUUUGUAUACUCAGGAUACAGCAGACAGGCUCAAGAGGAGCUGGGCAGCGACUGCUCGCUGGCUUAACCCUUGUUGCAACAAGGCAACAACUUGAGCGGCUUCCUCUGGUGUGGUAUCCAUGGUUUCGCGAAAACAAGGAAUGCAAUUUACUGAGAUGUGUACCGGUCAACUUGUGAUAAGCGACUGAUAAGGUAACGGGGUGUGAGCGGGUUUUAUAGCGGGGGCAGGUAGCGCAUCUCGUGAAUACCUUAUAGAGCAAAUUUUCCCUAACGCCCAAUUAAAAUGCAUCAUUAAAUCAGCGCUUAAGUUUUUUUUAGGGUAUUCAUGUUAAAUGAGAGCAUAAUUCUUCAGCUUUAGUAUGACAUAUCAUUUUUAUAAUUGACAUUUGUCGUUUUAGUAAAAUCAAUGCAUCAGUGCGCCGUCAAGGGUUGAGUCGAUUUGGUUGCUAGUGUAUAUAAAAAUACUAAUUGUCAUGGUAAGCGUUCUGCCACUUUUGAUACAUACAUCUUUUAUUUUAUUUUUUAUUUACUAAUGUGCCUACUUUUAGGUAUUUCGAUAAAAUACAUAGCAAGAUUAUUUACUAAAUAUGUAAAGAACGAAAAUACUUAUUUUAAAGAGCACUUAAUUUUUUUUAUACAUUCCAUGUAUGCGUUUCUAUAAUUACCUGGUAUAACUACGAUCAUAAUGAUAACUAGACAAUUUGUUACAUUUUUCUGUUCUGGCUGUAUACCUUCCUAUUAAUAAAUUUUUGAAUACAUUUUAUGCGCCUAGUUUCAUUUCGCCCUUAAAGCAUCAAAAUCAUAGAUAUGUAUAUGCAUAAUCUAAAUAAAUAUAUUGAUACUUACAUUUCAUAAACUUAAUUAGUAAUUAAAAUUAGAGGUCCUCAUAAGAUCAGCAAUGAAAUGAUUUUUUGGAAGCUAAUAAAAAAUUAAGUAAAAAUUUCAUAUUAUGAACAGCACUGGCUCCAACUGACUGGCUGGUAAAGCGAGAUUGUCUUUCGGUUCACUUUGGACGAACGACGCUUUCACUUCACGUAAAUUUAACUUUAGUUUUAUGUCAAAUAAUAAUUCGCAAAUUUUCUAAAAUCACUUACAAAUAUCAACACUGUUCCCAUACCACUCAAAAGACACCACUGGCAUUAUAUUUUGCGCUGGAAAUUGUUUUACACAUUUGGCUUGGCGCUCCAAGCUAUCUGAUGCCUACAGCGACUGUUCCUCUGUUUUUGAGUUUAUUCCUGGCUAUAAAAUACAACCAUAUAUAUCUAUGUAAUGUAUCUAAUCAUGAUCGAACGGCAUUUGAUAGCGAGGUAUAAAAUUUAAGACAAUAUUGAACUCAACCAUUUAUUCAUAUUUAUCCAGUACAAAAAUAAACAUUUUUUAUAAACAAGGACGGAUUUUUUUAACCAUAUAAACUCAUUCCAUAUUAACAUAGCAAUUAAGAUACCCUCUUUACAAGUGUAUAUAAUAUUCAUUACAAUAUGAUUUGAGUGAAGCGGAUAUUUUAACCUGCAACCUGUAUUUUCCAGCAAAAGAAACAACACGGAUUACAAUAUUUGUUAUACAAACAAAAAUGAAGUUGCAAGGCAAAUACAUUGGCGACUGCGUUAAGAGAUGCAAAAGAUUCAUAGUCGUUUGAUAACCUUGCCACAACCAAUAACAACCCAUAACAAAUAUUGCCUAAAAAAUUCAUAAAUUGCCAUCUUAGAAUUUCUCCAUUCACAAAUUAGAAAUUAAAUAUAUAUUCAACUUUUAUAAACACAAGUAAGAAAACUUACUAGUACCUAUUUUCUCCCGUUUUUUUUUUUUUUCAA